AUGGACGAGAAAUCGAGCCCAGAUCGUUUAAGUGUCUUUGAUGUUUCUCUUCCUCAUCCAUUGACUCGGGCUCCUGAUAUCAGUCGCCGUCAAGGAGGCCAAGGUCGCGUUAGUUGUGGAUAUUACUAUGGGGAUACACAAUCUCCUUUGUAUAUGGGAACAGACUCAACCUGUACAACUGCAUUUCCUCUGGGAAUUUGGGGUUCCUGUAUCUAUAGUAGCAACGUUCCAGUUUGUUCGCUUUAUGGUGCUUGUGUAGACGAUACUGGAUGCACUGACGGAUGUACGCCCAAUGUCAAUUCCAAUAUAAAUGCUAUCACAGUAACAUUAUCUUGUUCCACAGACUACUGCCAAAGCUACUUGCUGUCUGAUCAAUCAAGCCCCAGUCUUGGCACCCAGACUUCAUACACCUGCAAUAGUACCUCGCAAAUAGCACCAGUACUUAUUUUUGCAUCAGCGCUAGACACUCCAAUGAGCGUGCUAGCCAUUACGACUUCAGUUUCUGAUAUACUGGUUACCUCAUCAUUGGUACCUGGAUUUAUUGAAACUUUUACAUUUUCUGGUCCACGAUCAACUUCAAGUCCUUAUACUUCAUUAACUAGCUCCCCAUCAAGCUCCAGCUCCAGCUCCAGCUCCAGUUCAACGCCAAGUACAUCCCAACAAUCAAUAGCCGUAUCUUCAAACCAAGCCAAUUCUUCUCAUAACAAUACCGGCACGAUAGUAGGCGGUACUAUCGGAGGCGUUGCCUUAAUUACCCUAAUAACUCUCACAAUGUGGCUCUUCAGUAGACAUAGAAAGCGACACGCUGUACUAUCAAAGACAGAACCACGUUUCAAUGUGAGAGACCCUAGUGAUCACGUACACGAGUUGAUGGAAAAGAGCGGGAAUACACCUGAGAUCGGAGGAGAAAUGCUCAGAGCAGAGAUGGAAAGUCCAAGAAUGAACCGGGAACCAGCUGAGAUAGAAAGUUCUAUACUUAAUAGAGAAAGGUUUGAGAUGGGAGCGUGA